AUGGCUCGUACCAUCCUCAUCACAGGCUGCUCGGACGGCGGGCUCGGAGCAGCAUUAGCCAUCCAGUUCCACCAACAUGGCGAUCGAGUCCUGGCGACAGCCCGCAACCCAGCCAAAAUGGCAACUCUGAAAAAGCUCGGAAUUGAAACUUUGACGCUCGACGUCCUGUCUGACGACUCCAUCAGAGCAUGCGUGAAGGAAGUGUCGGCGCUGACCGGCGGCUCUCUCGAUGUGCUCAUCAACAAUGCUGGAGCAGGAUAUAGCAUGCCAAUUCUCGACGCUUCCAUGGACGAGAUCGAACGGCUGUACCGCCUCAACGUCCUCUCCGUUCUUCGCGUCACACAACUGUUCUUCCCCUUAGUGCGCGCUGCGGCCCCUGGCUCCACAAUCGUCAACCAGACCUCGGUCGCCAGCACCAUGGGCUUGCCGUGGCAGGGAGCGUACAACUCGUCGAAAGCGGCCAUUGCCAAUUUCAGCGAGACCAUGCGUCUCGAGUUCCAACCCUUUGGUAUCAAGGUGAUCGACCUAAAGACCGGAGCUGUAAAGACACCGUUCUUCGAGAAUCUGGCCCAGCGAUAUACUGCGGUCUUGCCCGAAGACAGCGUCUACAUGCCCAUCAAGGACAAGGUCGAGAAAGUCAUGAACGGGGACUUUGGAGGGAUGGAACCCCAGGACGUGAAUAAGUGGGCAAAGAAUGUGGUCAGUGAUCUCUCGAAACGGCACCCGUCGGCACAUAUCUGGCGAGGGACGAGUGCGACGUUGGCUUGGAUAGGGACCUUUUUGCCGGUGGGGACGUUUGACAGUAUGGCCAGAAAAAUCACCGGGACGGAUAUCCUCGAGAAGAAGCUGAAGGAAGAAGGAUCUAGGAAGGCGAAGUAA